AUCCUCCAUUAUUCCUUGAGAAACUAAGGUAGACAGACGUAUAGUUUAUAGUUUUUUAGAAAAAUUAUGUUCAGAAAAGAAUAUUAAUACAAAAAAUAGUAAUUUUAAAAAUGAUGCAGACAAGAGUCUAAUUUGUUUUAACAAAAUAGUCAACAAUAAAUAUUGACGGAAACGAAUAAGAAAAUCACAACUAAAUGAUAAGCAGAACCAACUUGAUAAAGGCAAAGUGAGUGAAGUGAUAACAAAUAAUACAAUAGAAUCCUUGAAAUAAUUGCAUUCAACUGUUGAUUCAAAGAAUAUAAGUUAAAGAAAUAUAAAUGGAAGAAAUAAUGCAAUGACAUCGAACGUAACCGAUGAUUUAUGCAAAAUAUGUGACGGCAGAAUCGAAUGUGCUCCUACAGCUAUACUCCUAAUAUCUCUAGUACACACUUUGUAUGGACAUUUGCCUCCAGAACCUGAUUAUUUUGGGACGAAACACAUUAACUCAGACAUGAAGGCGAUAUCUCGUGAAGAUAUAGAUAUGGUGAAGUUCAGGCAGUUUAUGUACUUCGAUAAAAUUCCUGAUAAUGAUAAACGUGAAGAUGGAAAUUUUCCCAUAUACGAUUUUAUUAUCAUCGGUGGAGGCACAGCGGGCUGUAUUUUGGCUAGCAGAUUGUCGGAGAAUAGGAAAUGGAAGGUUUUACUGAUAGAGGCAGGGCCCGAAGAACCAAAAAUGGCCCUCAUACCAGGACUGACGAGUGAGUUCAAAGGUUCCACUUUGGAUUGGCAAUACGCCAUGAGACCUAAAAAGGGAUUCUGCCAGAAUCGCGUAGAAAGAGGUUGUGAAGUCGUGCAAGGAAGAGUGCUCGGAGGAACUUCAACUAUCAACGAUAUGGCCUACAUGAGAGGGAGCCCUGCUGAUUACGAUGAAUGGGCUUUGAACGGCAAUGAAGGAUGGAGUUACAGCCAAAUACUACCCUACUUCAAAUAUUCUGAAGGAAAUUACGAUAAAGAUAUAUCAAAGAAUAAGUUAUUCCAUUCUACCCAAGGGCCGUUGGAUGUUGGAAGGUAUCCAUAUGUAGAUGACAAUGUCGACGUACUUCUGAGUGCUUUCAAUGAAUUAGGCUACAAUUACACCGAUAUCAAUGGCAGAAAUCAGCUCGGCUUCAUGCGGAUACAAACCAUGUCCUACUACGGUGAGAGAGUCAGCUCCUACACUGCGUUCAUUGAUCCUGUCAAAAAGCUAAGGCCAAAUUUGGACAUCGUUAAUGAAGCCCUUGUUACUAAAAUAGUACUCAAGAACGUCGGAGAUACAGUACAAGCUAUAGGUGUUGAAUAUAUCAAAAAUGGUACAAAAGUAAGGGUGAAAACUAAAAAAGAAAUCAUAUUGAGUGCUGGUGCUAUAAAUUCUCCUAAAUUGUUAAUGCAGUCUGGUCUAGGACCUAAGGAGUAUUUGGAAUAUGUGGGUGUGAGAGUAUUUUAUGAUUUACCAGUUGGAAGCAAUUUUCACGAUCACCUAUCAGUAUGUUUGCCAGUAAUUAAAUUAACUAAAACGGCAACAGUAUCUAAGUUUCCAGAGAAGAUGAAAGAUAUAACUGAUUAUUAUACCAGAGGAGUAGGACCUUUAUCAGCAAAUUUUCAAGUAGUAGCGUAUAUCGAAUCUAGUAUGUCAGAAGUUUUGGGAACCCCUGAUAUAGAGGUCAGAUUUAAAGGCCACGGUUCUAACAUGUAUUACGAUAGGAUAGACAUGUGCAUUUCCUUGCUGACUCCAGGAAGUAGAGGACAUAUUGUCCUGAAUGCAACGGACCCCGUGUUUGGCAAACCAUUGAUAUACCCAAAUUAUUUGAAAGAUACUACUGAUGAAAGAAAAAUAUUGGAAGGUAUUCGCGAAGUAAUAAGAUUAUUCGAUACUGAAGUGUUUAAAACAGCAGAAUUUGAAUUUGAUCCCCACCCAAUUUUGAACAAUGAAUGUAAAUACCACGAAAGUGUGUCAGAAGAUUUUUGGUCAUGUAUAAUCAGACAUUUUUCCUCGCCACUACACAAUUAUGUCGGUACAUGUAAAAUGGGAACAGCGAAAGAUCCUGAAUCAGUGGUCGAUAACCAUUUAAGAGUGUAUGGAGUAGCAAAUUUGAGAGUUGUUGAUGCGUCCAUAAUCCCAAAAAUUACAAGAGGGUCCACAGCUGCACCAGUCAUAAUGAUCGCUGAAAAGGCUAGUGAUUUAAUUAAAAACGCUUGGUAUUAAGAAUAUAUUUUAUUUAUCUAAAUCCUAUAAUUGUCAU